AGUGGAGGAUCCGGGAGGGGAAGACGGCUUGGGGCUGGCUCGAGCAUCCUCUCUGAGACAACCCAUGAGCAAGGCACAGAGUUGUGGAAUUUGCUCCUCAUUUUGCAUACUGGCGCGGUGCUGGAGCCGGCAAGGUGCUGGGGGCAGAGCAGUUGGGUUCUCAAAGAAGCAGUGGCCAUCACCAUGGACACAAGCCCGGACUUGUCCUUCUUCCCCGGCAAUCACUGGCUCUACUUCUCUGUGUACCUCUUCACCUUCCUCGUGGGCCUCCCUCUCAACCUGGUGGCCCUGGUGAUCUUCCUGGGCAAGCUGCGGCGGCGCCCGGUGGCUGUGGACGUGCUCUUGCUCAACCUGACCAUCUCCGACCUGCUCCUGCUGCUCUUCCUGCCAUUCCGCAUGGUGGAGGCAGCCAGCGGCAUGCGCUGGCCCCUGCCCUUCAUCUUCUGCCCCUUCUCCGGAUUCCUCUUCUUCACCACCAUCUAUCUUACUUCCCUCUUCCUGGCAGCUGUGAGCGUCGAGCGCUUCCUGAGCGUGGCCUACCCCCUAUGGUACAAGGCCCGGCCAAGGCCUAGACAGGCCGGCCUGGUCAGUGGGGCCUGCUGGCUCGUGGCCGGCGCGCACUGCAGCGUGGUCUACAUCACCGAAUUCUCAAGGAACUCCUCCUACAGCCACACCAACAAUGACACCUGCUACUUGGAAUUCCAGGAGAACCAGCUGGCUAUUCUCCUGCCCGUCAGGCUGGAGAUGGCUGUGGUCCUUUUCGGGGUGCCCCUGCUCAUCACCAGCUACUGCUACGGCCACCUGGUAUGGGUGCUCAGCAGGGGAGCCAGCCACCGGCGGCGGCGGAGGGUGGUUGGGCUUGUGGCAGCCACGCUGCUCAACUUCCUCGUCUGCUUCGGGCCCUACAAUGUGUCUCACGUCGUGGGCUACAUCCGGGGUGAAAGCCCAGCGUGGAGAAGUUAUGUGUUGCUCCUUAGCACCCUGAAUUCCUGUGUCGACCCCCUUGUCUACUACUUCUCAUCAUCCGGAUUCCAGGCUGACUUUCACGGGCUGCUGAGAAGGCUGACUGGGGGCUGGCGCCCCUGGAGGGAGGAGGGCAGCCUGAAGCUGAAAGAGAAGAAUGAGGAGGGGCAGCCGCGGGAGCUGUCCAACGUAGAGAGCAGGGAGUGGACUCCGGAGGGCUGUGGAGUGGGCGGCUGAGCGGCCUAGCACUUCCCAGCUUGAGUCAGGCAGGACUGGGGAGUCGGGGGAGGUGGGGGGCUGCUGAGGACCGAGGCAGCCCGGCGGAGCAGGCACCCAGCUUCCCAAGGAUGCGCUCGCGGGGCCCAGCUCUCCAUCUUCCCCAACUGCCCUCCUUUCCCAUCCCCACCCACCCACACCCCAUGCUGUGGACUUGGCCCUGGGAAAUAGGAUGAGAGCGUGUGCUGAAGGAAAAUGAGCUCCCAGGGCAGCAGGCCAGCUCCCGGGCUUUUCUGAGGGUAAAAGAGAAGAGAGCCAUGAGCAGGGACUGAGGGAGCUGCCGGUGGCUUGGGACGGGAGGUGGAAGCAGCCACCCUUCAGAGCUGCUCCUGCCCAGCAGGUCAAGAGUGGGUACCCAGGAUCCCAGGCUUGAGGGAGUAUCUUGCUUUUAUGUGGACUUUUCCAGAAAGUUUCCAUUAUUUAGUAAACUCAGAUUUUCAGGGAUAUUUAUGAAAAAUGACAGAAGAAAAAUGACCUAAAUAAAUCUGGUAGCAAGUAAAAGAGAAUGGUUUUUCCUUCUU